AUGCUCCCUUCCGAUGCUGGCUCCACGACUGCCAACAAACGGCGAAGGCUCAAUGACCAUCCCCACCAUGAUCUCCAAUUCUCAGAUCUGUUUUCUGCCGGGCUCCUACCUACGCCCAGCACCCCAGCUGAUUCCUCGUUCCAAUUUGCGACACAGUCAGUGGACGGGACAGGAGGCACCCCUCUGGGAUCCAUAGAUUUCAGCCACUGGAGUCUGGAUGAGUUCUCGCAUGACCCAGUCUACUUGGCCUCGCAGGAAGAGCUGAGAUGUCUGCUCUUCUCCACCGCCCAGUCCGCCGCGCCUACACGCGCUGGCAGUCCGGCUGGUGGCACGGAAGAUGAAGAUAACAUGCCGCAUCAAAUGCGGGAGAUUUUGUCAAGCAGUAAACGGGUAGAAUAUCUGAAGAAUUAUAUCGGCCAGGUGGCGCCUUGGCUUGACAUGUUCGACAGUCGCCACGCCUUCGGCAUUCAACUCCCUGCUCUAGCUCGAAACUCUCCCGCAUUACUUUAUGCCAUUCUCGCCAUAUCCGCACGCCAAAUGGAGCGGAAGAGAGGAGCACAAGACUCCUUCGACAGUAUAGAGCUGUAUCAGGAAGCAAUCCGGCUGCUGACUCCGCUUCUCCAAGUCCGUGACCAAAAAGUCAUCGCCACCUGCGUGCUCUUGUGCUGUCUAGAGAUGAUGUCGGCCAGUGCGCAGGACUGGCGGCGGCAUCUGGAAGGAUGUGCGGCGUUGUUCGAUGCCUUUGGCAUCCAUGGAUUUGGCAAUGAAUUGCCACAGGCCGUCUUUUGGUGCUAUGCGAGAAUGGACCUCUGCGGUGCCCUCAUAUCUGACGGCACUCAGAGCACGCUUCUCGAGCCGUCGAAAUGGCUUCCUCUUGAGAGUUGUCACAAUGAGGCGGCCGGCCUGUUCCUGAAGUCCGAAUCACCCGACAUGCAUGCCAAUUACGCGGUUUAUCUAUGCUCAAAAGUAUGCGAGCUUGUAUCAGACCGCACGAAGUACACUGAGCUAGGCGAGGAGAACGGCUGCACCGGCCAAGCCUUCGCCGACCGCUGGUUGGCUCUCUGGCAAGACCUGCAGAACUGGCUUACUCACCGGCCAACCGAGCUGCUUCCCGUACAGACCAUCGACUCCAAGCCCUUCCCUCAAAUCCUCUUCGUGCACUGGGCGGCCAUUUCUUCAAACCAAUUGCAGCACACCGCAUGCAUUCUCCUCCUCAACACGAUGCCGAGGCCCAUGAAACUGGGUUUGGGCUCCAGUGGCUCCAUGUUGUGGCAUGCAAAGCGCAUAUGCGGCAUCUCGUUGACGAAUCCGCAUCAAGGUUGUUUGAAUAACGCCAUUCAACCGCUUUGGAUCGCAGGCAGGCUCCUCAGCCACAAGUCGGAGCAUGCACUGAUCGUUAAGCUCAUCAGAGCUAUCGAAUCUUUAAGCGGAUGGGGCACCUGCUGGCGCAUUCGCGAUCUCGAGAUUGCUUGGGGGUACAAAGUCCGCAGAGACGGACGUGAGGAGAAAGCCAACCGUCCUUCCUGA